AUGUCCUACUCCACACUGGCAGUUCGAUACUUCACAGCCCCCAAACCACUUGGUGAUUCCAUGGACACCAACACAACCAAAAAUUCUGGGUCCGAUCCCCAAGGCCACACGGUCAUGAGACCAAAUAUCCCUGCUAAACAGCCCUCUUCUGAGAUUGCUGAGCCCGUCAAGCCUAAGAGCAAGGGCUUGACUUUUGCCAACCAGGAUUCGCUGCCCAAGCUUCCUAUUCCUGAUCUGGAAGAUACUUGCCGCAGGUACUUAGAUACUCUGCAGGGCUUGCAAACCCAGCGUGACCAUGCAGAUACCAAGGCUGCUGUUCGUGACUUUCUAAAGAAUGACGGUCCUCUUCUUCAAGAACGGCUUAAGAAUUAUGCUGGUUCAAAGACGAGCUAUAUUGAGCAAUUUUGGUAUGAUUCUUACUUGAAUUUCGAUAAUCCCGUUGUUUUGAACCUCAAUCCAUUUUUCCUUUUGGAGGACGACCCAACUCCCGCCAGAAAUCACCAGGUCACACGGGCUGCGUCACUGGUGGUCUCAUCAUUGGCAUUUGUUCGUGCCGUGCGUCGAGAGGAGCUGCCUCCUGACACCGUGCGAGGAACGCCUCUUUGCAUGUAUCAGUACUCGCGCCUUUUUGGAACCGCACGUCUGCCUACCGAUAAUGGCUGUGUCAUUAGCCAGGAUCCCUCGGCUAAGCACAUGGUUGUUAUGUGUCGCGGGCAGUUCUACUGGUUUGACGUCUUGGAUGACAACAGCGAUUUGAUCAUGAGUGAGAAGGAUAUCUCGCUUAACCUGCAGGUUAUUAUUGAGGAUGCAGCUCAAACUCCGCUUCACGAGGCUGCUAAGGGUGCUUUGGGUGUACUCAGUACCGAGAAUCGGAAAGUUUGGUCGGGGCUUCGCGAUAUCAUAACGAAAGAUUCCAGAUCUAACAAUGCGGAGUGUUUGAACAUUGUCGAUACUGCGCUGUUUGUCCUAUGUUUGGACGACACAGAGCCAUCCACCACGGCUGAUCUUUGUGCUAAUAUGCUUUGUGGUACAAGCGAAGUCAUCAAGGGUGUCCAGGUUGGGACAUGCACCAACCGGUGGUACGACAAAUUGCAAAUCAUCGUCUGCAAGAACGGUAGUGCCGGUAUCAACUUCGAGCACACCGGCGUGGAUGGCCAUACAGUGCUACGCUUUGCCAGCGAUGUGUACACUGAUACCAUCCUUCGCUUCGCAAGGACCAUCAACGGGCAAUCCCCAAGCCUAUGGGCAACCAGCAGCCCCGACCCAGCAAAGCGCGACCCGCACAGUUUCGGAAAUGUCAGCACCACACCGCGCAAACUGGAAUGGGACAUGACACCCGAACUUAACAUCGCGCUCCGCUUCGCCGAAUCUCACCUUUCCGACCUGCUCCACCAGCACGAAUUCCAAGUCCUAGACUUCGAAGGCUUUGGCAAGAACUUCAUAACCUCAAUGGGCUUCUCUCCAGAUGCAUUCAUCCAGAUGGCUUUCCAGGCUGCCUACUACGGCCUCUACGGCCGAGUUGAGAACACCUACGAACCAGCCAUGACAAAGACAUUCCUGCACGGACGCACAGAAGCCAUCCGCACCGUAACGCCCGAAUGCAUCGACUUUGUCACAGCGUUCUGGGGCGAAAAUGCCGCCGAACAAAAGGUCGAGGCUCUCCGCACCGCAUGUGCAAAACACACCGCCGCCACAAAAGAAUGCUCAAAGGGCCAAGGCCCAGACCGCCACCUCUACGCCCUCUACUGCCUCUGGCAGCGCUCCUUUGACGAAGGCCUGUUCCCAGACACCAGCUCAACAGGCGGGUACUCCAGUCCAGGCGAACCGCAAUCCCCAACCCCAAGCCAAGGCCCCGAAUCAUCGAAACUCUCCUACUCCUCCCCCUCUGAAGACGGCCUCUCCUCUCCCGGAAGUAGCGCACGCGCCUACCGCACAACAGCGCCGACGCCCGCGAUCUUCGCCGACCCCGGCUGGGACAAGAUCAACAACUCCGUGCUAUCGACUUCGAACUGCGGAAACCCGUGUCUGCGACACUUCGGCUUCGGCCCUACAUCCGCUGAUGGCUUCGGUAUCGGCUACAUUAUCAAGGACGACUCAAUCUCCAUCUGCGCGAGCUCCAAGCACAGACAGACUGGUCGGCUUAUGCACACGCUCGAGUCGUAUCUGUUUGAGAUUCGGAAGUUGUUGCGCGCGACGAACCGGAAGCCGAGCCCACGCACUAGUCGUGCGAGAGAGACUGAGGCGCUUGCCGAGAGCGCGCAGUUGGAGUCGCAUCGCCGUGGUCGGAUUGUGAGAGGUAGUGGUGCGCAGGGUGUUGAUACGCCUACUUCGGCGGCUGAUAGUAGCUAUCUGGAGGAUGAUGGGAUGGGAGGAUAUGGUUUCUUUGAUGCUGGUAUGCUUCUUCAUGCGCUCAAGGGCCUCAAUGCAGAACGGGAACAACGUGAGAAACCUGCUAGGCGGAACGUUGGAGCGGAAGAGUCGUAUCAUGUAAAGCACCGUGUCAAUUUGCAUGUGUACUUCACCCUAAGCGUCAUGACUCUGCACACCCUCCCAAAACGGGCGCCCCGGUUACGGGCUCCCUUAACAAGGCGCUUCACAACCACCCCCCGCACCGCCAGUUAUGCGGACACUCUACCAAAUCUCAAGAUCGGCGCUCACACAAGAGUAUUAUUCCAGGGAUUUACGGGAAGACAAGCGACUGCCAAUGUCAAGGAGUCUCUUGCAUGGGGUACUAAUAUCGUUGGAGGCGUCAAGCCUGGCGUUGAAGGCGAACAUCUAGGCCUGCCAGUCUUUCCAUCUGUCAAAGUGGCCCAAGAACGGGCAAAGCCUGAUGCAUCUGCAAUCUAUGUUCCUGGAAACCAGACCGCCAAAGCCAUUGAAGAGGCUAUCGAAGCGGAAAUUCCGCUCGUUGUAGCCGUAGCUGAGCAUGUGCCGAUCCACGACAUCCUUCGGAUCCAAUCCAUGCUCCAAACACAAUCCAAGUCCCGUCUAGUAGGCGCAAACUGCCCAGGUAUUAUAUCCGCCAUUGGCAAAUGCCGAAUCGGCUUCCAGCCAUUACCUUGUUUUGCGCCGGGUAAUGUUGGCAUCGUGGCUAAAUCUGGGACACUGAGCUAUGAGACUGUUGCCUCGACGACUCGCGCUGGACUUGGUCAGAGUCUUUGUAUUAGUAUGGGUGGCGAUGUGUUGGCUGGUACGAACUUUGUCGAUGCACUGAAUCUCUUCGAGAAUGAUCCUGAUACAAGGGGUAUUAUCCUCGUUGGUGAGAUUGGGGGUACGGCGGAGAUGGAUGCUGCUGAGUGGAUUAAGGAUUAUCGACGGAGGACUGUUGAUCCUAAGCCCAUUAUGGCCCUUGUUGGCGGGUUGGAAGCACCCCCUGGAAGGAUUAUGGGUCAUGCUGGUGCUUGGGCUGCGCCUGGGGAACCAGAUGCAGAAACUAAGUAUCAAGCGCUUGAACGUGCUGGCGCGGUUAUGGUUAACCAUCCCGAGAAGUUUGGCGAAGGAAUGAAGACUUUGUUCGCGAACCAGUCUAGUCGGCCGGGUACAAGUCCAAUGUCCGGGACUAGCUCACAAAAACGUGACUUUCAUACUAUGAGACGAGUUACGCCAAUCUCGAGACCAAAAACUGAGCAUAAGCGUAAUCUUUACAUCAAGCAGUUCCAGGCAUUCGAUAUUCUCAAGCAGAAGUCUGUCCCUGUCAAUCAGUCAGCUGCUAGCUCUGCUAGUUCUAUUUCAAUUUCUAUUGCAGUUGACCGAACAGCUCUGUCGCCAUGCAUCAUUACCUCGCCGAGCUCUAACCUUAACCAGUCGAAGAAAUUCCCAUUCCCAUACACUCAGACCAAGUUCGAAAGCUCUAUAAUCGAGGCUGUUACCUCGCAUUUGAGCCUCCCAGCAUCUUCUCACAGGCACCUUGCAGGCAUUGUACAAGCCCUUUGGGAAAUUUACAAGGAAAAGGAGGCCUUUACGCUAGAGACACAGAUUGGAAUUUCCGCUGAUGGCUCUUUGGAAGUCCACGGUGCGCGUUUUGGCUUCGACGAUGCUGCAUUCCGCAGCUCGGGUCGACAGGAAGAUAUCCACGAGCUUCGGAAUAAAUCUGAAGAGAUCCCGGAGGAGGUUGAAGCUGAAAAGGACGGAAUCGUUUACGUCAAAUUGGAAGGCGAAGGCAGUAUUGGCACACUUGUCAAUGGAGCCGGUCUUGCCAUGAACACGGUCGACGCUCUCACUAUCCACGGCGGCCACUGCGCGAACUUCCUUGACACCGGUGGCAAGGCUACUUCGGAAACUGUCAAGGCGUCAUUCCGCGUGAUUUGCUCUGACACGCGUGUCAAAGCCGUCUUUGUUAAUAUUUUUGGUGGACUGACUCGCUGCGACAUGAUUGCUGAGGGCAUUAUUUUGGCUUUCCGAGAUUUGAAUAUGAAACUUCCAGUUGUUGUACGACUGCGAGGUACAAAUGAGGAAUUGGGGCAGAAUAUGAUUGCGGAGAGUGGCCUUCCAUUGCAUGCAUUUGAUGGAUUCGAGGAAGCUGCAAAGAAGGUAAUUGCGUUGGCCAAGGGUCAAUAG